GAAAAAGAUGCUUCAAUGGAGUGUGUUGUAGGACUCAAUGUGAUCGGCAGUAAAGAGAAAGUACGAAAUUGUAUAGACGCUUGUGGUACACCACUUCUUACAUCUUCGGUCACCAGCACCGUCGACAUUACUAUGAUGAUACCCCUUCUGAUACUGACUUUGGUCAGUUUACUAUGCUCUUCGCUUGCCUUCGAUCUCAAAGGUCGAGUGGUAUGGAAUGAAAUAUGCCCUGGGAUAGGCGACCUUGGUCAAGCAAAGGUUGUGCUGGAUAACGGGAACUUGUAUGGCAGCGUAACUCGUAAUGGACAAUUCGUCAUCCCGGAGGUGCCUUCGGGAACAUAUAUACUUUCUGUUGUUGCUCAUGAUCAUGCAUUUGAACGACUGCGCAUAGAUGUCCUCGACACUGAUACUUUGCCUGAAGUUCGACCAUACGUCCCCGGAACACCUCUAUCACCUCCCUCUCCAGUUACUCUACCGUAUCCCAUCACAUUGAUUCCUCGUGCAAGAUAUGACUACUACACACCACAAGAGUCUUUCAACCUUGUUGGGAUGUUCCAGAACCCCAUGAUGCUACUUAUGCUCGGAACGGGUGUAUUGAUGCUCGCAAUGCCCUACAUCAUGAAAAAUAUGGAUCCAGAAGUAUUGCAGGAGUUCAAAGAACGUCAAGCCAAGAUCACCGACAUUCAGAGUUCAAUACAAAAUGGUGACCUGAAGACUGGAUUGUCUGCGAUGAUGGGCGGGGAGGAGAAGACAAGCCCUGCCCCUGCCCCAAAACCACAAGCUUCUGCGGCGCGGAACAGAGGCAAGAACAAACGGCGAUGAGCACACGAUCGCCUCGAUAUACUUAUUCAUAGCCGAUGUAUGUUUCUAGACUAUUGUAUAUAUUCAUCGCGGAUUGCGGGUAGAAAUUCAAAACGUAACCUUCUCAGCAGAGGAAGUAUGUGCAUCCUCGUCUCCUACAUCGAACCAUGCUAAAAGGGCACCUGUAUGCUCUGGACAUUAAGACAGACGACAGAAAAUCAAUCCGCCGAAUAACCACACUGUCGGUUCAUGACUUAGGUUGUAACAAUCAGAGUAGAAAGUAUUGCUGGCGGGCAUCCCAGGGGUCAAGCGGACCUCGUCAGAGAUGCAACUGCUGGUAUGCCUCAUCUGAGCCUAAAUGAUCAUUAGUUAUUAGCAAGGAGCUCAUCCGUCGAAUGCCCACCAUGCACAUAUGCAAGGGUUGAGCAUAUGUCAAAGACGGAAAUGCGCGUUAUUAUCGUUCUUCAGGUGGAUUUGCAUUAGUCGGUGUAUGUUGAACGUCGGUACUCGAUUGAUCAGCAGGUCGAGCAUAGUCAAAGGCCCGAUGAAGGAUAGCGUUUCUGCGUGUUAAGGAGUCUUAGCUCAGAGCAAUGAUAGUAGUACCAAUACAGCUCUUACCUUUGCUU